AUGAAUGAUAUCACUUUUGACCCUCGCACCUCGACCAUCUACCGUUUCAUGCCUAUGUAUGAAAAUGAGACAGAACAAUUUGUCUUUGAAGCUGAAGAAGACAACAAGUCGAAGAGAAAGGUUCCUGUUGGUGCUUUGAUCGAUCCCAAUCUGAUCAAAGUAACUCAGUAUCUUAAAUGCGAUCAUUUUGGCACAAAGGUAGAGAGUUUGAAGAAGCAAGCAGUUGAAAAUGACGAGCUCCAUGUUGUUAAGUGUAGAAAUACUAUGGGUAACAGCAUCAAGGUGGGAUGCUUGGCUGCUUUAGUUGUUAAGUUCUUUAACAGUAUAACAGUAGUUUACAACUGGAGGCAUAAUAACCACAAUCCUCUUGAGCUUUCUGAUAUCUCUCGAUCUCGGCUCUCUGAAGAAGCCCCCAUGAAGAGACUCCUAAGACUAGAAGAUAUAAAACUAAAAGAGAUGGAAAACUCUAUGUCAAUGACAUCUAUUCCUUCUGCAAUGAUGAUACAGUAUAAAGAUGUUCAUAAUGUGAUUGUAGCUAGAAUCAACAACAGUGCUAGAAAGCACUACAAAGAUGAGAUAAGUACUGAAAGAUGGAUUGCUUUCCUUCAAGAAAAGGGCUACCAAACUAUGUUUGACACAUAUAAUUCUGUUGGGCCUCUUCUUAUAAGCUGGGUCUCCCCUUGGCAGAAGAAGUUUUUAGAAAAUGUAGAGGAGUGGUAUCUUGACUCAACCCACAAAACCUGCAAGUCUUUCCUUGACAACAAGGACUGUUAUUUGAUGUCUGUGGUCGUAUACAACCCUGUAACUAACAAGGGAGUUCCAGUUGCUUUCUUUGUUACCAGCAUCGAAUACAACAAUAGCUUGAAGGUCAAACAGAUCAUGAUUGACUAUAGCCCAAUAGAGCAGAAGGCUAUCCAGGAUACAUUUGGACCUUCAGUGACAAUCCCCAACGCCCACCUUGAGACCAAGAAUGUCUGGGCCAACAUUUGUGCUGCAUUGAACUUGAUAAUGUAUAGCGAUAAUGAAGCCGACCACAAUGCUCAUUGGCAAAAGUUCAGAUUAGACUAUGGCAUGCAGUUUCCUGUCUUAAUGUCUUAUAUGGAGGAUGCUUUAGCUGAGAGAGAUUACCUUCAGGAUACUCUUGAGACCUAUUUUGGUAUUAAGAGCAUCAGGCUUAGUGUGGCUGACACAGAACGAAAGAGAAAGGUCAAUGUUAUUGCUAUCAAAAGAGCAAAUGGUCUGGUUGAAGAAGUUGAACCGCAAGAAUUGCAAGCAUACAAGAUGUAUUCUUGCAAAUCUUUUGGAGAGGGUUGUGAACUGGUAUACUUUAUUAAGUUCACAACCCACUUACAUGACUGCUCUUGCCCAGACUCUGCUAGAUUAUGCAAAUAUAUCUUCUUGGUCUCUCGAGUUUUUGACCUGCCGGUGACAGUAAGACGAAAUGUUGUACUGGAUUCAGCUGCGUUGUUUGGCCUUGGUAAAAACGAUGGCAAUAUUAUUUCAGAAGAUAAUAUUGCCUUGUUGGAAAACCAAAUGAGCGAAGAUAAGCAGAAAGCAAAUCUUCUGCUUAUGAAUGAAAGUUUGGAGAGAAUUUGGAAGCAGGUAUAUAUUUCUUCCAAAACCUUUGAGCAAAAAGAAGUCUUGUUAGACCUUAUGAAGAAGGUAAACUCUGUUGUUAACCCAACUAAUGGGUUGCGAAAGCAGACCUAA